AUGCCUAUGCUUUGCAACCCCUCCGAAAAAUAUGAUGCUUUCGACCCUCCAGACCUCCCAGACAGAACAUGGCCCUCCAAAAGAAUCACAAAGAGGCCACGUUGGUUGGCGACUGAUCUCCGUGAUGGUAACCAGGCUCUUGCUUGUCCAAUGAACGUGGAGCAAAAAUGGGAGUACUUUCAAAUGCUCCUUCGUGUUGGAUUCAAAGAGAUCGACAUCUCCUUUCCCAGCGCAUCUGAUACUGAGUAUAAUUUCACUCGCAACGUCGUUGCCUCUGCUCCCUCCGACGUAUGGCUGCAAGUCCUCUCGCCAUGCCGCAAAGAGCUUAUCCGACGCACAGUCGACAGCGUUACAGGCGCAAAGAAGGCAAUCAUAAGCUUGUAUAUCGCAACUAGCGAUAGCUUCAUCACAACCAUGUUUGACUCCACUCAAGAAGCCGUCCUCCACACCGCAGUCGAAUGCGUCGAAUACACGCGCUCUAUCACAAAAGACGAUCCAGCUCAACAAGACACAACUUGGAACUUGAUGUUUAGUCCCGAGGCAUUCUCAGACACAGAACCGUCUUACGCUAUUGCUGUCUGCAAAGCCGUGAAGGAGGCCUGGGGUUCCUCAGAUGAUAUUCCCAUUAUCCUUAACCUACCCGCUACCGUCGAGCGGUGCACACCCAAUACAUAUGCGGAUCAGGUAGAGAUUUUCUCUCGUGCGUUCGCGGAUGACACAGACGUUGUCAUUUCUCUUCACCCGCAUAAUGACCGCGGCUGUGCCGUCGCUGCCGCUGAAUUGGGUCAGCUGGCUGGUGCGACUCGCGUCGAAGGCUGUCUCUUCGGAAACGGCGAGCGAACUGGAAAUGUCGAUCUCGUUACCCUAGCCCUGAAUCUUUACAGUCAGGGUGUGGAUCCAGGAUUGAAUUUCUCCGAUCUGCCUUCUAUUAGGAAGAUCGUGGAAAAAAUCACACAGAUCCCUGUGCAUAUCCGUGCUCCUUAUGCCGGUGACUCGGUCUUCAUGGCGUACUCUGGAUCUCAUCAGGAUGCCAUCAAUAAGGGAUUCAAGAAAUGGCGUGACGGGAAAGCCGCUCCUGAUCGAAGCAGCAUAUGGAAAGUCCCAUACCUCCCCAUUGAUCCUGAGGAUAUCGGUGCGUCAUACGAGGCUGUUAUCCGCAUUAAUUCUCAAAGCGGGAAAGGUGGUGUUGCCUGGAUUCUCCAGCGAACAUUGAACCUGGAAUUGCCGAAGGAGUUCCAGCAGGCGUUUUCCAAAGUCGUCAAGUCUGAGUCCGAGGAGAAGGAGCGCUGGCUUACGGAGGCGGAAAUCACGCAUUCCUUCCUGCGCCAUUACUCAAUUUUGGAGAAUGAUUCCCGUAUUCUGGAGUGCUCAGUGACUACGAAGCCGGAUGGCUCAGGUCGCGUUAUCAUGCGGUCUAUCAUCUCAGUUCGGGGUCAGCCUCGUGAGGUCGUGGCUACGGGCGAGAAUGCCGCUGAUGCAGUUUCAUUUGCAUUUUCAUCCUUGGCUGCUCUCAAUCUGGAGUUUGAGGUUGUGCUACGUAGUAUUCAGGGAGCUGAUGGAGAGCCUCUUGUUAUCGCGCUGGUUAAAUGUAGAGAUGUUUGGCGCGCGAGGGCUGCCAAGCGUGGAGAUGUCGCUAUUGCAUUGGCGUGUUUGUCAUCCGCUCUAGAUAUGCAAGAAAAGCUUCCAUCGAGUCGGCAGUUUCUGAGACUCUUGCCGAUCGUUUAUGCGAACUGA